AUGGAGAGCGCCUUUGCACUAACUUUGACUUCCGGAAUCAAAGGAGUUGCGAUGGUCUUAGAUCGGGAAGUGCAGCCUCUCACAAGAGUUUGGUGUUUAUUCGAAUAUUUCCUGUCCAGCCGGGAGCACUUGGAGUUGGUUUUUGUCACCAACGCUGGCGUGAUAGGUGAUGAUGGUUGCAGCUCCUUUGACAUUGCGUUGGAGGUGGGCAAGAAGAUCAAGUCUUUGCAAGUUGCCAAAUGUGAGGCAACUUCAGAGAAAGACAAGACAGACAUCGUCGAGUACAUCAUCUCUGAGUUGGGAAGCCUUGAGAGAAUGGAUAAGCAAAUUCGAGCGGCCAUGUCUGAAAUGCUGAUGCGAAAUCUGGCCAACGUGGAACGGGCAACUGGAAGUCUUGUGGACAGCCUGGGAGAGGGCAGCGCAGAAACAGUCGAUGAAGAGAGUUCUUAG